AUGGACGGCUUGCGUGCUCAAAUAUCCGAGAUUCGCGAUAUGAUCGCUCCUCGCGCCGGGACGAGCGCAGCCUUCGCAGCACAUAUUCCGCUGAUACUACACGGGCGCCGGAACGCUAGUAGUAGCCACGGGCUCGUAACGCCUCUCGGUCGCGAAGUCGCUAUCGCUAUUCGUCACGCUCGCGCAGCCGCCAUCGGCAUCCGUCACGUUCGCGUAGCGACGACCGUCGGGAUCGAUGACACCGUCGCAGUUCACGCGGAGAACCAUCACUGGGCGAUAGUAGCAGCGGCGAUGGUCAUGAACUCGACGGCACCGGUGGCAACCGGGACGGGCCGGGACUACAAAUUGUGGAACACGGUCACGCUUAAGGCACGCUUAACCCAGGACCGCGAACCGAUUACGAUAAUCUACGACACCGGCUGUGGCAUGACAUUGAUCGAUCGCAUAAUUGUCACCAACGAGAUCACUAGCGCGAAGAUCCACACCCUCGCGGCCCCAAUCAAAGUCAAGGGCAUCGGGUCAAGAAGCCACGUAACAUCCGAGUACAUUAUCGCCGACUGCUACAUCGACAGUACUGUACAGGGCGAAGACAUCACCGUGCACUUCCGUCGCGAAAUGCAUGUCGUGGAUAACCUUGCGCCCGGUCUUCUGCUUGGCAUGGACAUCAUAACGCCGGAACGGAUUAGCCUCAAUGUCACUAAGUCGCACCUAAUCUUCGGAUGCCACGAGAACAUGGUCGUUCCAGUCUCUCUAUCAGCGCCUGAGACACCGAAGCCACCGCGGGUCCGCGCGAAGCAACGGCAGGUCGUGGCAGCGCAUUCCAUUGCGGUCAUUCCGGUCGAAGUUAUGGGCACCGCACCGGCUGGCGAGAUGGUCUAUAUUCCGCAAUAUAACAAGUCCACACAGCGCUUACAAGAAGUCGGUAGCUUCUACACCCACGCGAUUGACCAGGUCGGACGGGCGCCAGAACUUCGUAUCGCGGUUCAUAACGAUUCCGACACGGACUUCAUCCUCCAACGUCACACGUACGUCGGGUUCCUGGACCCGCUAGACGAGCGUGAUAUAUAUCGCGUGGAUGUUAGCCCAACACAAGCACUCGCUUCGUAUGCGGACCAAGUCGAAACAGAUGAUCAGAUCCCCUUCACGGACGAUGAUAUUAAUAGUGAUAUCGACCCGAAUCCACCCGCCGAAAGCUCGCGCUUACCAUAA